AUGGAACUCGGGUCUGAGGAGGAAGAUGAUGAGGAGACCAAGCCGCCCGCCCAGCCUUACGUGAAUCUCAUGCGGAGUCUCGUAGAAAGCGCUCCUCACAAGGCCAAGCGCCGGAAAUUGAACCCCCCAGAAGCCAAGGACGAGGGGCAGCCCAAACCAGAGGCGGCACCAGAGACCGUACGGCCCGAAGGGGAGGAUAAAGACGACGCCGAGGACCGGGAUGUUGACUUGGUCGAGGAGCCAGAGGAAGACCCAGCAGAUGUGUCUCCCGAAGACCUGUUUGAUGAGGAUGACGACUUGGACAGCUCCGAUCCGUUUGAAGUUCACUUUUCCGAUCCUAGCGGAGAGGUUCUGAAUACGAGAUUAAAAGCGAUUCAGGAGGGGAAAUGGCGCAUGGAACGGGUAGCCGUCAAGCCUACGAGGAUCUACCUUAGUAGUCCUGACACUGGAAGUACUGAGGGCAAAACAUUACCGGCAGCUGUAUCAAGGAUUUCCGAUCUCAAACUUAAGAAGAGGCUUCACGAAGCCAUGGAGCGCAAAUACCCCGACUUCGAUGACGUCCAGCGGACUAUAGCGCCACUGCUAUUCAACUACCAGGAUCUCUUGUAUUGCAACCGCACAGUCCCCUCAUCGCAGGGCAUCCGGAGGAUUGCUUGUCUCCAUGCGCUCAACCAUAUCUACAAGACGCGCGACCGGGUGGUCAAAAACAAUGCUAGGCUAGCCAAAGCCGACGGCAGCGAGGACCUGGAGCUCAGAGACCAGGGCUUCACACGGCCAAAAGUGCUCAUGAUUCUCCCCACAAGGCAGUCCUGCGUCAAGAUGGUAGAUAUGAUUGUCUCCAUCUGCGAGCCGGACCAGCAGGAGAACAGGAAGCGCUUCGAAGAUGGAUACAUUGACAAGCAGUCCAAGUUCUCAGAUGACAAACCCGAAGACUUUAGAGAUCUCUUUUCCGGCAACGACGACGACAUGUUCCGUUUGGGCGUCAAGUUCACACGGAAAACAAUCAAAUAUUUCUCCCAAUUCUACAAUUCAGACAUCAUUUUUGCGAGCCCCUUGGGCCUUCGCAUGGCGAUAGGAUCCGAGGAGGAGAAAAAGCUGGACUUUGACUUUCUCAGUUCCAUCGAGCUCGUCAUCGUCGACCAGGCCGACGCGCUCCUGAUGCAAAACUGGGAGUAUGUCGAGUUCAUCUUUGAGCAUCUCAAUAUCCAGCCCAAAGACGCCCAUGGCUGCGACUUCAGCCGUGUGCGCAACUGGUAUCUCGACGACCAAGCAAAGUAUUUCCGACAAACGGUCGUAUUCAGCGCCUUCAACACGCCCGAGUUGGCUGAGCUCCUCCGGGCACACUGCCACAAUUGGGCGGGCAAAGCGCGCCUGCAGCACGAGUGCCCCGGUGUUAUCCAGUACCUGGGCGUCAAGACUCGCCAGACCUUCAGUCGAUUCGAGACCAAGUCGGUUGCCGACGAUCCAGACGCCCGGUUCGCCUACUUCACCAAGGCCAUCGUGCCGAUGCUCACCAAGCGCGGAGCCAAGGAUGCAGGGGGCACCCUCAUCUUCAUCCCUUCGUAUCUCGACUUUGUCCGUGUGCGCAACUACUUCGCAAACAACUCAGCCGUGGCCACCGUCACGUUUGGGACGAUAUCCGAGUACGCCGAUGUGCCCGAGGCGUCGCGGGCGAGGUCGUACUUCCUCAACGGCCGGCACAAGGUGCUGCUGUACACGGAGCGUGCUCAUCACUUCCGCCGAUACAACAUCAAGGGCGUCAAGAGAGUCAUCAUGUAUGGGUUACCGGACAACCCUCUAUUCUAUCAGGAGAUUGCUGGCGGGUACUUGCAAAAGAGCGAGCAGGCACUCCUGUUGGAACCCGGUCAGGGGACGAUCCGGGUUAUGUUCUCCAAGUACGAUGUGAUGAAGCUGGAGCGCGUCGUGGGGACAGCGAGGGUGGGCAAGAUGAUUCACGAGCAAGGAGACACUUUUGAUUUUGUCUAA